GAGAUUUAGCUAUAAAAUCUUGUGCAAUGUAUUGUAGUAAGCUUUUAUAUAUGUUUAUCAUUCGUAAUGAAUGCACGGCCCAUGAUGGAGUUUACUCUUUUGUUGAAUGUUCUAUCUCACGUAUUUCAUAUUCAUUUGAUUAAUAAUAUCAUGAUGGAUAGCUGAUGAUAUGAGUUACUUGAUUGCUACUGAUGCUCCUCAAUCUGUAGUGGUAAUAAGAAUAUGGAUGUGUUUUCAUCUUCAUUGCAUAUCACAAGCUUAACAACAAUGUUGGAUGUUUGAUAUUUUGCUGUUAGCCCGCUUUUCUUAUUCAUUUGAACACCAAGUCACUACGAAUCUCAAUGAGCUCCUGCAGGAUGGAUGAUGAUUUUGCUGCAGCCGAAGCUGAGCAGCUUGAAGAGGUCCUCCGACUCUCAGCUCAGUCCGCGACGAUGGCAUGUGCGGUUUGCAGACUGAUGACAGUAUCACUGGAAGCAUCAUGGAAACCUGAGAAUUGUGAUCAUGUCAUCUGUAUUGACUGCUUCGCCAAAUACACAACAGAGACAGUGGCCACAGAGAUGCCAAAGUGCCCGGUUGCUUCUUGCAAAUAUCAUGUCGAUCCAGAGAUACAUGAACUUAUGGAAGUAGACGAUGAUGGCAGCCUGAUCGCAAUCAAAGAGAUCGAUGAUGGCAAAGGGAAGGAACAUCCCUAUAAUGGGCUGGAAGAAUUCGGGCAAUGUUCCGGCAGUGGCACGAUGAUGUGUGCAGUUUGCAGGCUGAUGACAGUAUCACUGGAAGCAUCGUGGAAACCUGAAAACUGCGAUCAUAUCAUCUGCAUCACCUGCUUCGCCAGAUACACAACCGAGACAAUGGCCACCGAGAUGCCCAAGUGUCCGAUUACUUCUUGUGAUUCUUUGUUGAAGCCAGACACGCCACAAGUGAUCGAUAUCGACGAUGAUGGUGAUACGGGCAGCUCAUCAUCGAUCAGAGCAAUAAUAGACAAAGGCAAGCAACCGUGCAACGACGUGCUGCAAGAGCUCGGCCAAUGUUCCAGCGGCACAGCAAUUGCCAACGACUUCUACUGCACCAUCUGCAUGGAGGAAGUGCCUGCCAUAGAAUGCUUCCCGGUCGACGGGUGCACGCACGCGUUCUGUGUCAGCUGCGUGAGGCAGUACAUUGCGGCGAAGGUGGAAGAGAACGUGCUGCCCGUCAGGUGCCCCGACCCGGGCUGCAAGGACGGCACGCUGCAGCCGGAGGCGUGCCGGGACGUGAUCCCGACGCCGCUGUUCCAGCGGUGGGGCGCGGCGCUCUGCGACAUGGCGCUCGAGGGGAUCAAGUUCUACUGCCCCUUCAACGACUGCUCGACGCUGCUGGUCGACGACCACCAGGACGGGGACGCGGCGAUAAGGGACGUGGAGUGCCCACACUGCUCCCGCAUGUUCUGCGCGCAGUGCAAGGUGCCGUGGCACGACGGCGUCGAUUGCGCCGAGUUCCAGCGGCUCGGCAAGGACGAGCGCGGGCGGGAGGACCUGCUGCUGAGGAAGGUCGCGCAGGAGAGCAAGUGGCGGAGGUGCGGCAAGUGCAAGAUGUACGUCGAGAGGGUGGAAGGCUGCGUGUACAUUGUCUGCAGGUGCGGCCACCACUUCUGCUACCUCUGCGGCUCUGAGAUGGCGAAGGGCAACCAUCGUUGCAGCAAGUGCAAGCGUACGUGGUGAUCGGUGAAUGGUCUGCAGAUGCCGCGACGCUACUUCAGCGAAGCAAGUUCGUCAUGUCAGUACUAUCGGCUUAAAAACUGGACAGUACUCUACUAGGGUAUUACUACUGAUUCAGUUAGCAUUGCUAGCUCGUGCAGCUCUGAUGCCAUUACUAAUUUUAGUUGACAUCAGAAGUGGCAACUAUAUGAGCUCCAUUAGUAAUCAUCACUAGAGUGUUGUUCUGGGGAUUAUUCCUGAUGAAAGAGCUGGCCAGUUUCUCAGUAAGAAACUAAUAGGCUCUAUAGCUUAGAGGCCUACUGGAUGUCAUGCAAACACUGUGCAUGUCGAUGACGGAA